UGAGUCCAGCACCCAGCAGGCUUUUGGUUGAGGUUUGCUAAACUUGACUGCCUUUCUGUUUCUUCUUUUAGCUGCCAAGGGACCAAGGGAUGACCUGGGACCCUCCUUCCCAAUGGCAUCUCCCCCUGGUCUGGAACUGAAGACACUGAACAAUGGCCCCCAGCUGUCAAAGAGACCAGAACCUCUGGGCCCAGUGGCCCCAUCUAGGGAGGGCGUGGAGAAUGCUUGCUUCUCUCUGGAGGAGCAUGAGCCUCAUUUCCAGAACCCUGUGGACCCCAGACUGGGCAGUUCUUCUAGCCUUCCUGGAGCUGUCUCCUCCCAGCCCUGUCCCCAGAGGGACGAUCUGUCUCUGCAUUCAGAAGAGGGGCCAGGCCUGGAGCCUGUGAGCCGUCCAGUGGAUUAUGGCUUCGUUUCUGCUCUGGUUUUCCUGGUGAGUGGGAUACUCCUGGUGGUGACAGCUUAUGCCAUCCCCCGAGAGGCCCGAGUCAACCCGGACACAGUGACUGCACGGGAGAUGGAACGACUAGAGAUGUACUAUGCCCGCCUGGGCUCCCACCUGGACAAGUGUAUCAUUGCAGGCCUGGGGCUGCUCACUGUGGGCGGCAUGCUUUUGUCAGUGCUGCUGAUGGUCUCCCUGUGCAGGGGAGAGCUGUACCACCGCCCGACCUUUGUCUCUGGCAGGGGCUCCAGAAAGACCUAUGGCUCUAUUAACCUGCGCAUGAGACAGCUCAAUGGGGAUGGGGAUCAGGUCUUGGUGGAGAAUGAAGUUGUCCAGGUCUCAGAGACCAGCCACACCCUCCAGGGGUCUUAAGUAAGAGCCUAGGCUGUCUGGCUGCAUUAGCACCAAGGUUACAAGGCUCCCCAAGGCCUGAAAUCACAGACAGCUCCACAGAGGGCCCUGUGGAAGGAGCCUUGGGUGCUAGAGGAGGAGGAGCCUGGGACCUAGUCAGGCCCCACAUAUGAGAGUGGUUUCCUGAUCUGUCUUAUAACUUGAGGGUUUUUAUUUUGCAUAGAAGGUUUUGUUUGGAAGAUGGCUUCUGCUGCUAAAAAUACAAGUUUGGAAACUGCUACCCAUGAGGGAUGAGAUUUCUUGGCAUUUCUGAAGAUUGAGAGCUGUCUGAAAUGCUGUCCACCCCAUUCCUCAUGCCAUGAGGGAAUGCUCGCAUCUCUGCUAUCCUCAUCUGCAAAGUGUGGUUUUUUGGUGACUUUACAGCCUCAACCAUCUAAGCUGGGAGGCAGCUUCACAAUCAGGAGAGAAAUCAGUCCUGGGUUAACCCUCCUCUUUGGGCCUCUGGUGCCAAAGUGUGUGACUGUGAAGUGAGAGGGUCAGAUUGGAUGAUCCCUUGGGCCCUUCCAGUCUGUCCUAGAAUUAUGGUCCAGCCUUUUAGCCACACCUGGGGAGCAGGGGAGGGUGUCUGGGAGGUGAGGCCAUUCUCUGUGCCAUUUUUGGCCUGGCCUAGGUAACCACCACUGUCAGACAGCCAGCAGCUCCCGUGGUCCUGCUGAAACCCCACUCCAACCCCAACCCCCCUUGCCCAAGUCUCUUGGUUGGUCUGGGUUUGACCCAAAAUGCCAAAGUAUGCUACAGCCUGGUUUUGAUCUUGAAUCAGCUGCAGAGACUAAAUCCUAGCACCUAUUUUUUAAAUUAAUCAAUUACUUUAUUUAAUGAGAGAGAUGCAGAGAGAAAGAUACAGACCAGAACACUGCUCAGCUCUGGUUUAUGAGGGUGCUAGGGAUUAAACCUGGAACCUCAAAGCCUUAGGCAUGAAAAGUGUUUUGCAUAACCAUUCUGUUAUUUCCCCAGCCCCUUAGCACACAUUUUUCAAAGUCAUGCACACAAGUGUUCACAACCCUCUGGAUAAGAGAGGUCUCUUCUGCCAGAAAGGCUAAAGGUUUUAUUGCGCUUCUACUCUCCAUGUUGUGGGCCUUUACCAACUGCUUUGCCCCUAGUAUGGUACUUUGACCUCAUCUUAUUAUGGUAGUAGAAAAAAGAAAAAAACAAAACAACAAAAGACUAUCUUAAAUGUUGGAUUUGUGCCCACCCAACAUCAUCUUAGUAGUAAAAUACAGCCACAGUUUGGGGAGAAUUUAGACCUAUUUUGGUUCACUGGAAACUCCAGCCACAUUGGCCACUGUUUGUUCCAUUUCUCUAGUGUAAUUUUUUCAGACUUCGUGUGGUUUCUCUUUAAACAGGCAAGGAAGUGGGACCUAGGGGACAAGAAGAUACAGAUGUUUCAGGACUGAGGGGAGGGAUGUUUUGAGUGGUCCUACAGGGCUUUUUGAAUAUAUGCCUUCCAGGCCACUGGUGUGAAGAUUCUAAAGAGGCCACCUCAGUGGUGCCCAGAUCGCAUAUUAUUCCACCUCAGUUAUCAUGUGUUUCUGGGGAGUGUAAGCAUGAGAUAGGCAUAGGCUUUAGGCUAGAGAGACUCCAUUAACUGUAACAUGAACCUUCAGCCAUCUGAACAUCUGGGUGGGAUAACAUCACAGUUUCUAUGACUGAUCAAAUAUCUGCUCCUGCUGGCGGGUUUUGUUAGGAGCAGAGGUGGGGGUAGGGCAGGGAGAGAGGACUGGAAGGGACAAAGGUAGUUUAGCCUGGUCUGUCAGGUGCCGUUCCUGGUGUUAAAGGAAUGUGCUUUGAAAAGAAUAAAGUCUCAAGAUGGUGAAAGAACCAUAAGUCGAAGGCUGCUACUAAGAUAUCAGCUUUUCUCAGGCUUCAAGGGAGGAAUGGAUAUAGAAAGUGGCAUGAGCCAAUAGAAUUGAACUUUCCGAAAUGAUGGGCCUAAGACCUUUCAGAUCCUUAAUGGUGAUAAUAAUAAAACUAUCAAUCCAAGCCACGUGGAUUACUGUGAAGUUGGUGGUGGGGGAACUCAUUUGGAAACUAAACCUGGUAUGCAGAUGCAUUUGGGAGCAUCAAUUCUUACCAGUUUAAAUGCAGUGAAUUGUAUUCAGGGACUAAAUCUAC